CUCGAUUAACACUGCCUGCCUUGGUGAUCAGCUUUACUGCGGCUGCCUGAAAGGCUCAGUAACACGGCAGCUUGUUUAAUACGCGGCUUUACCGGGACUCGGAAACACGGGGGGCGGAAAAAAUCAGCCCGAAGAGGCAGGUCGGUACCGUGUCGGCACUCAAGGAUGGCUUCAGGGGAGCUUUACGAGGUGGAACGGAUCGUGGACAAGCGGAAGAACAAAAAGGGCAAGUGGGAAUAUCUAAUCCGAUGGAAAGGCUACGGGAGCAAAGAGGACACGUGGGAACCCGAGCAUCACCUGCUGCACUGUGAGGAGUUCAUCGAUCAGUUCAACAACCUCCGCCUGCACGACCGGCGCUCCAAGCCGGCCAAAGCCAGCACACACGCCAAGGUCCGGGACGCCUCCAGAUAUCAAGGGGAAACACGGAAAAAGAAAAGGACUAGCGGAGGAGGAGCCCCGGGGCCGGGUGUCCCACAUAGACCGAGGAAAAUGAGCGGAGGGAAAGCGUCAGGGGACAGAUUGAGCAAACCUGUGACUUAUAAACGAGUGAACGCAGGGCUUCAGUUCGUUCCUCCGAUCAGGCGUCCUACAAACGGGCUUCAGAACGGAGAAACGGACGCAAUGCAUUACAGGACUGCAGCCAGGACACAGAGCAUCCCGAGCAGCCGGGUGGAGAGGAUGAUGGGAGAGAUGGAGAUGGGCGGAGCAAAAGCCCCACUCAGAGAUGAAUUAGGUUCGCCGCUACCUAAUGGAGACGCUCAUUUACACAGUUCAGCCAAGCGGAAGCUGGCAGAAGACAGAGGCUACGUUUUUGACAAGAGGCUGAGGUACAACGUCCGGCAGAGUGAGACGAAUUACAGAUUCAGGGACAUCGUAGUGAGGAAGGAAGAAGGUUUCACACACGUCCUGCUGUCCAGCCAAACAUCAGACAACAAUGCACUAACACCAGAGAUCAUGAAGGAGGUGUGUCGAGCUCUGGGCGCGGCGGCGGUGGACGACAGUAAGCUGCUGUUGCUCAGCGCGGUGGGCAGCAUCUUCUGCAGCGGCCUGGACGCCUCGUAUCUGAUCGGCCGCCUCUCCACCGACCGCAGGAAAGAGAGCAGCAGGAUCGCUGAGGCCGUGAGGGACUUUGUAAAAGCCUUCAUCCACUUUAAGAAGCCCAUCGUGGUGGCCAUCAACGGUCCUGCUCUGGGUUUGGGCGCCUCCAUCCUUCCUCUGUGUGACAUCGUGUGGGCCAGCGAGCGGGCCUGGUUCCAAACCCCGUGUGCUGCACUGCGCCUCACGCCGUCCGGCUGCUCCUCAUACACGUUCCCUCAGAUCCUGGGAGUGGCUCUGGCCAAUGAGAUGCUGUUCUGUGGGAGGAAGUUGACGGCGCAGGAGGCGUGUAGCCGUGGUUUGGUCUCGCAAGUGUUCUGGCCGAGCACCUUCAGUCAGGAAGUGCUGCUGCGGGUGAAGGAGAUGGCGACCUGCAGCGCCAUGGUCCUGGAGGAGUCUAAGUGCAUGGUGCGCAGCAUCCUGAAGUCCGUGCUGGAGGAGGUGAAUGAGAAGGAGUGCCAGAUGCUCAAACAGCUGUGGUGCUCCACCAAGGGCCUGGAGGCCCUUUUCGCCUACUUACAGAGUAAAGGUUACAACGCCUAAACAUCUCGCGUCAUCAGCGUGACCGCAGCACCACCGCACCCACCUAGAGCAGACGAUGUCAUGUACUUUGAAUGAAAUGAAUAUAAGCCAAGAAUCCAUGUUUAUCAUUAUAAUAAUUAUAAUUCUAAUCAUUUAUAAUCCAGACUGUAUCAGAGGGGUUCGGUUUUCCCGACAAUGCUUCCAGACCAGCAUUCAAAACACUGAUAAUUCUAUCACUUAAUGAGAUGCCUUUUAACGUUGUCGUUCUUUAUUUAUUUAAAAACCAAGCCAUUUUGCAUACAAGUGCAAACAAAUAAUUCAAUAAUCCUGUGUAGAUGUACAGUGUAGAUAUGUUUGGUUGUUUCAUAUAAUUUAUUGUCACUCAUGUCUAAUGGGGUGAGUUUCAUACCAAAGGUUCUUGGGAAAUUAUACUAAUUAUUAUUAUAAUUAUUAUCCUUUUUUUUUUUUUUUAAACGUUAAACACAUCCCUGUCGUCCACCAUCGUCAUUGUGGCACGCGCCAUGGCGACAGUGCGGUAGUGAUGGGUUUGUGAUGAAUUGUAGAUGGACUUCCAUCCUUCAGGUGUUUUUGUUUUGUUUUGGGUUUUUUUUUUUUAAAAAGUUUUUAUUGUAAAGUUAUAAAGACGAAUCCGUCGUCCUUUCGUUAGACGCCAGUUACCGUUUCUGUCGUCGGGCCCUGAAUGUGAUGAUCGACUCUCUUCCUGUUUGAUUAGAGGGGGAUGAAAUUAUUCUUUUAAGAACAGUAGGUGCUUCAAACAAAACAAAAACAAAACAACAAAAAAAAAAAAACAUUAAAAAAAAAAAAAAAAAACAUU